AUUAUGAAUUAUUUACUUAUAAACCUAAAGUGGAUUUGUCAUGGGAGGAAAUCAAAACGUCAUGGGAGGGCUUUUUUGGAACAUCUAAUGAAAUUGAUUUUGGCGUAACAAAAAAGUCCAUAAAAGAUGCAUUACGUGAUAUACCAAAAUUAUGUACAAAUAAAACUUACCCAAUAAAUGAAUUGAGUGAAUGGGAAAGAAAGUUUAAUUAUUGGUUAACUUUAUUUGAUUCAAGUGUAGAGGCGGGAUCUUCAAAAAUUAAUAAUGAAAAUUCAGAGGAUACACUUGAAUCAGACUCAAAUAAUGAAUCGAAUAAUGAAAGUAAUGAAAGUGUUA